CGGUCCACACUCAUUUUAGCCAGUACCCAGGCUCUCAGCAGAGAAGGGUGGCAUGGCUCCCGGGGAAAAGAAAAGGGGGGACGGGCCGGCCAAGAGUGCCCUCCGGAAGGUGCACACAGCCACCCUGGUUAUCACCUUGGCCCGAGGCUGGCAGCAGUGGGCCAACGAAAACAGCAUCAGGCAGGCCCAGGAGCCUGCAGGCUGGAUGCCAGGGGGCACCCAGGACCCAGCCGAUGCUUCUGGACCAGCGAUAGAUGCCCCCACCCGCUGGAAAGCUCAGAGGGCCCCAAAGCCUUCCUCCCCGAAGCCGGAGGGCUGUGGAGAAGAUGGACACGGCUCGGAGGAAGCCAGCGCGGUUUCUCCUAUCAAAAGGAAAGAGGUGACCAAAACGGUGGUCAGCAAGGCUUACGAGAGAGGAGGGGACCUUGGCCACCUCAGCCACCGGUACGAGCAGGAUGGUGACCAGCCGGAGGCCAGGCAGCCAGAGAGCGAUGUUGACAGACUCCUCCGCAGCCGCGGUUCCCCAACGCGGAGGAGAAAGUGUGCCAAGCUGGUGACCGAGCUGACCAGAGGCUGGAAAGCGAUGGAGCAGGAGGAGCCCAAGUGCAGGAGCGACAGCGUGGACACAGAGGACAGCGGCUACGGAGGCGAGACGGACGAGAGGCCGGAGCCGGAUAGAGAGCAGGUGGCCGUGGCCAGGAUCAGACGCCCCCUGCCCUCCCAGGCAAACAGAUUCACAGAGAAGCUCAACUGCAAAGCCCAGCGAAAAUACAGUCAAGUGGGCAAUUUGAAAGGGAGAUGGCAACAAUGGGCUGAUGAACAUAUCCAAUCCCAGAAGCUCAAUCCCUUCAGUGAAGAGUUUGAUUAUGAGUUGGCCAUGUCUACCCGCCUGCACAAAGGAGACGAAGGCUACGGCCGUCCCAAGGAAGGAACCAAAACUGCCGAACGGGCCAAGAGAGCCGAGGAACAUAUCUACAGAGAAAUCCUGGACAUGUGUUUCAUCAUCCGCUCGAUGGCUCGCCACCGACGAGAUGGCAAGAUCCAGGUUACCUUUGGAGAUCUCUUUGACAGAUAUGUCCGUAUUUCAGAUAAAGUCGUGGGCAUUCUCAUGCGUGCCAGGAAACACGGACUGGUCGACUUUGAAGGAGAGAUGUUAUGGCAAGGCCGGGAUGACCAUGUUGUGAUUACUCUACUCAAGUGAACUUUCAAGCACACAAACCAGACUUGACCCACUCUUGUCUUAAUGCUAAAUGCUAACGUAGUGAGCAAGUAAAAUGCAAACUGCUCUGUAAUAAGUCACUAAAUAUUAAACAAUUUUUUUACAUAAAUAACUUUUGAGCACUCUAUUUCUGAGGGAGUUUGAAGACUGAGAAAGCACACACAAAGCAUUUCAGAAAGCACACUGAGGAUUAUUUGUGCACAAUAAGUAUUUAAAAUGCCACUUACCCUUUGGGCAAAGAUAUUUGGCUAUUCUUUGCAAAGCUGCUAUAGAUAUUAAUGUAAAUAAUUAUACCUAAGAUGAAUUCGGGUAAAUACCAGCAAACCAUACUAUGAUAUGUCAUUGUUUAGGGACAAAAAACCAUUCCAUUAAUUUUGGCAAAACUAAACUUAAAAUUUUCUAAGCAGCCUGACUUUGUUCUAUUAUUUUUAUGAUAGCAUCACUUACAAAAUAAGCACAUAAAUAAAAAGUUGUAUUCAAAUAA